AUGCAUCAAAUUACUGUAACGCCCACAUGUGGUCCAAGUUCAACUUCUUCUUCACUUCCUACUACACUUAUCACACAGACUUCUGGUUCAUGUCCGACGCCAAGCCAAGAAAAUAUUAGUACUAUUUCGGAUGACGAUGAUGGCGGUGGUGGUGUCGGUGGUGGUGGUGGUGGUUCGUCAGAUGGUGAAUUAUGGGCACCAUUGGCUGUCCGUGGUUAUCUUAGCAAGUGGACAAAUUUGUUACAUGGUUGGCAAGAGCGCUACUUUAUUCUGUCUGAUGGGUUUUUAACGUAUUAUCGCAAUGCGGAAGAUCUAGAUUUGGGCUCUAGGGGCUCUGUCCGUAUCAAAAAUGCAUAUGUAAAGACUCAUGAGUAUGAUGAAUGUCGUUUUGAGGUACGUGUUGGUGAUGUUAUCUGGUAUCUACGUGGAUUAAGUCAAGAAGAACGCUACAACUGGAUAUCGGCUAUUGAACGGCAUCGUAUCGCUGAAUCAGGCUAUGGAUCAGAGAAAACAAUUCAUCGGCAUAGCUCAUUAUUAUCGCUUAAUUCAACACACAGUCCUAGUAUACAUUCAACGUCUAGCUUUAAACGAAAUCAUGGAUUAAAAGAGAAACUAGCUGAAAUGGAAACUUUCAAGGAGAUUUUAUGCAAACAAGUCGAUUCGUUGCAAGCCUAUUUUGAUGCUUGCAGUGCUAUUGUACAACAUCAUGGUCAUGAGAAUAUAGAAAAAUGGUUUAUUGGCGAAAACCACAUGACCACCAGUUCAUCGCCUUCAUCUUUUUGUUCAUCUACGUCGAAUUCAAAAGAGGAAAUCGAUGAUUAUGAGGAGGAAGUCAAGUUAAACGAAAAGAAACAAUCUAGAAAUAAGCUCAAUAAAGCUGAAAAGAAUCGAAGUAAUGAUGAAAGGAAGGCUACUAAUGUUGAAGGUGGUAAAUCUUUGGUGGAGUGUGCAUCAAAUGUGACACUAACUUCAUCGUCUGGUGAUAACUGUUUGGCAGACAAGCCUGCCUUUCAUUCGGAUUCAAAACAUGCAUCUGAUGUUGACUGCCGUGUUCUCCCUGACAAGGAUUCAAUCGUCUCUAGUGGUAGCAGUAGUGCAGCAAAAUCUGGUGGAUUCUUUUCACGAUUUUUACCUUUUCGUAAUUUUGGAAAUACGUCCACUGCUCAAACUGUCGGUGAAUCAGAAAAUAUGGAUGAUAAAGUUGAAUCCACUGUCGCUUCUGAAGACAAUAAUAAUAAAAAUAAUGAUAAUAACAAUAGCAAAGAAGUACCUCAAUAUCAACCAUCUUCACGUUUCAAUGACUUACGUCGUAUCCUGGAACAACACGGUGCCUAUGCUUUAGAUUUUAAAGGUGAAGCACACAUGUUCAAAGCGAUUACAGCUGGAAUACUUACAAAUUUAUCAAACUCAGUUGAAAUGAUGCAACAGCACGAAGAACAUUGGCGUAAACGUUUAGAACGUGAAAUUGAAAAACGACGUCGAUCAGAAGAGACACAAAAGGCAAUGGGACAAGAAUUGUUACAUUUACGCAGUUUGAUUGGUUUAAACACUAAUCAUCAACACCAGUGGCAAAAUCAACAGCAUCCCCAUCAUCAUCAACAUUAUCAUCUGACAAAUAAUUCAUCACAUUCAAGAUUUUCCAGCUAUGGUAGUAUAGAUUUUCAACAUUCUUCACCGGAUGUUAUUCUUAGGGAACAUGGUGUUAAGUCGACAACAACCAAUGUUAAUAGUACUUCUGUGACUCCCACUGUUAAUACAACUAUUUCAUCAUCAGCUGUUGUAGCUAGUGAAAAUGUCCUGAGACUAGUUGGUCCAGAUUAUGAAGAGGGUAUUAAUUCUCCGAUACGUGAAGAGGAAUUCUUUGAUGCUAUUGAUGCAGAAUCAGAUAAAAUAGAAGAAAAUGAAGUACGUCUAGCUGCACUGAAAUCAGCCAGUGAAGCAAUCCGUUGGGCUAGAGCUAUGCCAUCAAAUCAUCCAUUAUAUAAUGAAUUGGAUAAAAUUGUAAAAAUGCAUGUGAAAAAUUUUGCUACUACACAAAUAUUCGAUUAUACAUUGAAUUUAUGCUCAUCAUCGUCUUCAAUACACUGCAAUGGUGGUAACAGUAUACCAUCAAAUACUGUUGAUUCCAAGGAUACUGCCAAUCUGUCUGUUAGUGAACAAAAUUUCAAUGAAACUCCUGAAAACUGGAGACUUGUCGUGCAAGAUGGUGAUAUGAUUAUUUUCAGACGAGAACUUGAAACAGAUGACGGUGUUGUACUGGAUCCUUUACAGGCUAUUGAUGUUGUUCAUGGUGUUACUGCCAAAGAGAUCUGCACAUACUUUUGGGAUGUACGCUAUCGUAUGGAUUGGGAGUUUACAGUGGAUCAAGCACCGACAGUCCUUGAAGUCUGUGGAGAUGAUACUGUAGUUAUACAUCAGGUGUAUAAACGUGUAUGGCCGACAACACAACGUGAUGCAUUGUUUUGGUCACAUAUCUGCCCUGUAAAUCCUAUUCAUCAAAAAGCUUAUCAUCGAAAGUUGAAUCAUAGCUCUAGUAUGUCCAUGAGUCAUCAUCCAUCCUCAAAGAAUUAUACUGAUGAUAAUGAUGAUGAUGAUAAGAAUGAAAAUAAUAUCAGUCAUAGUAAAGUCCAUCAACGUUCAGCAUCUAUGGAUGGUGGCGGUGGCGGUGAAUCCAGUAUACCAGAGAAUUCAACACCAAACAGUAAAAUCAAUGAUGACAAGGUUUUAGACGGUUGGAUGGUGAUUAAUAUGUCAACUGAUUAUUUAUCAGAUAAAAUACAACCAUCACCAUCACCUACUGUUCGAUUAGGUCUUGAAGUUGUUCUAUUCUGUCGAACGGAAUUAAUAACCAAUAAUAAUAAUGACAAUAAUAACAAAUACAACAAUGGGUCAAUGAUGCCAAAUGAUAUUGAUGAUUUAUCAAAGUUAACCCGUGAUCAAAUUCAAACUAGACUUGUGUAUAUGGCUAAUAUUAAUCCAGGUGGUUGGGUACCAGCCGCUGGUCUACGUUCACUUGCUCGACGUGAAUAUCCACGUUUCUUGAAACGUUUCAGUGCUUAUGUGAAAGAUCAAACUAAGCAUAAAACUCCAUUGUUUUAA